CUUUUGUCUCCAACUGGCCAACAUUAGAAGAGGCAUUUAGACUUCAACACAUCAACAGCAUAUAACCGCCCUCCGAUUCCCCCCUCCCAGGCAGAUUUACCCCAGCACCUCCUCUACAUCGGCCCAGCAGCGGCUGAACACUUUACUCGGCUGUAAGCACUGCCAGCAGCGCAACUUCUUCAGCAUCGCUUCAGCCGUCUCUGCCGCUGCUUCCGUCUCCCCGUCCACUGCUUUGGCUGUCUACAUCGAAUACACAGUCGUCCGUCGUUAUUCGUCAAUUAGACACAAGCGUAUGUGUUUUUGAUUAAGCUGAGGACAUUUCCCAUAGAUAAGAACAGACUGCACCAAAGACGGGCUUCGGGUUUUACCCAAAGAUACAUCACCGAGGUUUAGUUUGAUCAGCUCCACAUCAAGCCGCAGUCAUGGAUGAGAUGGACUUGCCCCAGAUGAAGAAGGAGGUAGAAAGCCUCAAGUACCAGCUGGCCUUCAAACGGGAGAAAUCCUCAAAGACAGUGACAGACCUGGUGAAGUGGAUCGAGGAGUGUGUGCCUGAGGACCCUUUCCUGAAUCCUGAGCUGAUGAAGAACAAUCCAUGGGUGGAGAAGGGCAAGUGUGUGCUUCUAUAAAAGAGAAGCAGCAGCAGCAGCAGCAGCAGCAGCAGCAGCAGCGGUCGCCCCAGCUCUCCGUCUGACCCUCCACCAGCCUGACAGGAUCACACGGCGCUUGC